CACCAUAGGCGCAGCAAUAAAUCCUCAUCCUUAGUGUCAAUAUGUCACAGACUAGCUACGCUUACGGCGAAUUACCGAGGUCUUAUCGCAGUGCGACUUAUUACUCUUCUACAUGAUGCAUCUCUUCCUCUCCCCAUCUUCGCAAAGCUCGUCUCGAGGGCGUGUACGUCAUCGGCGUCCUCCGGGCUUCCUCAUGCGUACAAAUCAGGAUUUGAGUGCAGGCAGCGACUCUGCGAAACACACCAGGAGUGCCUCACAAGGUGUACUUGCCACUGUGGCUCGGUGGACGUCCCCAGCCACCCAAUAAUUCAUGCGAAACGCACGCACCAUAUUGCGAUACUUCAACGAAUCCUUCAUAACAUGGCUAAAAUGUAUCUAGGGUCGUUCGCCCGUGUCCAGGCUCUGUACUUACUUUCCAAAUUACGUCCCACAUUCGCCCUUUACGAAUCAGCUGAUGCCUGGUCCUCUGUAUUAUGCGCAACGGAUCUUGAACGGCCGUACGUUCAGACUUCUCCAUGUUGUUCCCGCUAUCGAUCAGCAUCAACAGCUGGAGUGCACUUGUCGCCUUUACAACAUCGAUGAUGCUCCUCCAUACGAAGCAUUGUCUUAUGUAUGGGGCAGUCCUGCCCCAUCUGUUGAGAUUCUGUGUAAUGGACAAUCAGUCGAAAUUGGGCCAGAACUGUCGUAUGCGUUGAGGAGAUUACGCCCCCGAGACUCCACACGCAUCAUCUGGGUGGAUGCAGUGUGUAUCAACCAGCAGGAUGACGCAGAGAAGAGCCAUCAAGUGCCCCUAAUGGGCCGCAUCUAUUCAUUGGCGAAAAAGGUUGUGGUAUGGUUGGGGCCAGGAAACAAGCAGUACACCUGGCGAGCUUUUCAAGUUUGCAAGCAUAUCGCCAUUGCUUGUUACGAGGUUGAUCGUCUGCGUGAAAGAGACACAGGCUAUUGGGAAUUACCCUUAUCAGAGCGUUGGUUCGAUCUGUCCACACUUCGCAGCCUACAUGAAUUGUUCAAACGGCCCUGGUUUUCCAGAAUCUGGUGUGUCCAGGAAAUUCGCCAAGCCAAAGACGCUCUUGUGAUGUGGGGUGAAGACGAAAUCCUGUGGGACGAUCUGUAUGUGAGCGCAUGUUUCAUUGGCUACAAUUCCAUGUUCCUGGAUCUUAGCGACCACAUUACAUCUUUUUCCGAUCACAUUCCCGUCCUUAACGCAAUCAAAAUGGGCGAAAAGGUUACGUAUCGUCUUCUUGAUGCGUUGGAAUGCUUUCGUGAUGGAUUCUGGGCUUCUGAUCCCCGGGGCAAAGUAUACGGCCUUCUGGAACUAGUCUCAUCAAGAUUUGAAGUCGAAGCCCUCAGUGUGAGUUACAGCAAGAGUGUGGGACAAGUAUAUGCGGACACUGUCUUAGUGGACAUCCAACAACACUCGCGAUUGACCGCCUUCGCUCACAUCACACAUGAUAUGGAUUACGAUGGGCCAGGCUCAAGGUACCAUGAAGAUCUCAAGAACCCCAAAGGGAUAUCAGAAUAUAGGUCAUGGGCACCACGAUGGGAUAAUAUGGAAUGUGCAGGGAAGUUGGGUAUCGACGACGCAGAUUGUCCUUGGAGUGCGUGUGGAGAAAACUUAGCGGCUAUGAUCGUCACGAAACCAAGUGAACCGACACAGCUCUGCCUUAAGGGUGUGAUCUAUGGCAGAGUAGACGAAGUCGGCAAUGUCAUGCAGUUCUGGAAUCUGAAGGAUCCUGAGCACGCCAACGACCCCAAGUUUGCCAAUGAUAGCAGGGAUGCCGACGAAAGCGAUCUUGAUUGCGCAGACUACUGGGCCAGCUUUGACCCAACUGGAAGACAUCCAUAUGUGGAUAAUCUUGAAAGAACAGACGUGGAAUCGUCUCCAGAAAGGUUCGCUCGGACUCUGACAGCAGGUGGAUGGGGAGAGGACAAUGAAUAUAUUGAGGGUCUAAGCACUGAAAUGCAAGCAAGACACAGUGCGGCGUGCGUUCAUUUGCUGCUUCGCUUAUUACACAUCCAAGAGUUUGGCGAAGAGGGCGAGUAUGUCCAUAACGCCGAUUCUCUCCGGUUCCAAAUUGAUGCUCGCCAUGCUUGCGACAAUCGGCGCAUGUUCUGGACAGACAAGGGACCGUAUGGUCUAGGUCCACACUGCAUGCGGAGAGGUGAUGUUGUGGUUGUACUCUAUGGCGGAAACACACCCUAUAUAUUGCGGCCAAGAGGAGACGGAUACAUAUUUAUAGGCCAGGCUUACGUCGAUGAGAUCAUGCACGGAGAGAUUUUUCACGACUCGAAGAUAUUUGCGCCACAGGAACAAGUCUUUUGUCUUGUGUAGGUAGCAGAGUAGGCUGCAAAGUUGACUUCCACAAGUCAUUGCGGUUGAUGCAUGUAUCUGCUCCCCGAGUACAUUCUGUCAGACUCCAGUAGCUUAUUCCUGG